AUGGACGCAAACGCUGUGCUCGCCGCCACGCUCUCGCCGAACCACCAGGAGCGCGAGCUCGCAGAGUCGCAGCUGCUCUCGUUCCUCUCAUCCAACCCCUCCGCCUACCUCGCCAGCCUCUCGCAGACGCUCGCAGACGCACAGGCGCCCGCACACAUCCGCAACGCCGCAGGACUCGCCAUCAAGAACGCGCUCGCGGCCAGGGAGGCGCCGCGCCAGGAAGAGUACGCCAACAGGUGGAAGAACCUCGACCCCGCGACGCGCGACCGGGUCAAGCACGAUGCGCUCGCGACGCUUGCAGCACCCGAGCGGAGCGCGCGGAACGUCUCUGGGCAGGUCAUCGCGGCGGUCGCCGCCGUCGAACUGCCGGCCGGGAUGUGGGUCGGGCUUGUUGGACAGUUGCUCGAGUUGGCGAGUCGACAGGACAAUCCGCACCUGCGGCAGGCGACCCUGCAGACGAUCGGUUACAUUUGCGAGGCGAUCAAACCCGAGAUCCUCGCAGCCCAGUCCAACGAGAUCCUCACGGCUGUCGUUCAAGGCGCGCGGAAGGAGGAGCCCAAUACCGAGGUCCAGCUCGCCGCCGUCAACGCCUUGUACAACUCACUCGAGUUCGUGCGCGAAAACUUCAGUCGCGAGGGCGAGCGCAACUACAUCAUGCAGGUCGUCUGCGAAGCGACGCAGUCAUCGUCCUCCGACGUUCAGGUCGCGGCGUUUGCGUGCCUCGUCAAGAUCAUGCAGCUCUACUACGACUACAUGAAAUUCUACAUGGAGCGGGCGCUCUUCGGGCUCACCGUCCUUGGCAUGAAGCACGCCGACGAGAACGUCGCGCUGCAGGCUGUCGAAUUCUGGUCGACCGUGUGCGACGAGGAGAUUGAGCUGGCGCUCGAGGCGGAAGAGGCGGCCGAGUACAGUGAGGCUCCCGAGCGCGAGUCUUCGCACUUCGCCCGUGUCGCCCUGCCAGAAAUCCUCCCGGUUCUCCUCCUUCUCCUGACCAAGCAAGACGAAGACGCGACAGACGACGAAUGGAACGUCUCGAUGGCUGCCGGAACCUGCCUCGCCCUCCUCGCCCAGGCCGUGGGCGACGCCAUCGUCUCGCCAAUCAUCCCGUUCGUCGAAGGCAACAUCAAGAGCGCCGACUGGCAUUUCCGCGAAGCCGCCGUCAUGGCGUUCGGGUCCAUCCUCGACGGACCGGGCGAGAAGAUCCUCGCGCCGCUCGUCGAACAAGCUUUGCCAACGUUGAUCGAGAUGAUGGCGGAUCCGGUCAUGCACGUCCGCGACACGACUGCCUGGACGCUUGGACGCGUGUCAGACGUGCUCGUCAAGACGAUCAAGCUCGACACGCACCUUCCACCGAUGGUCGCCGCCCUCGUUUCCGGCCUCGAGCAGUCGCCGCGCAUCGUCAGCAACUGCUGCUGGACGAUCAUGAACCUCUCCGAGCAGCUCGGCGAUGCCUCAGCCGAUACGUCUCCGCUCAGCGGUUACUACGAUCCUCUCGUGUCGGCUCUGCUCCGGCUGGCCGAACGGCCGACCAACGAGGCGAACGCCCGCACGUCCGCAUACGAGGCGCUUUCCGCCCUCGCAACCCACUCGGCCUCGGAUUGCCUGCCCAUCGUGUCCAAGCUGGUCAUUGCGACACUCGACCGCUCGGAAGCGCUUCUCGGUAUGCAGGGCCAGCUCGUCGGUUCGGAUGACCGGAACAACUACAACGAACUGCAGGUCAACAUUUGCAGCCUCCUGACCAAUAUCGUCCGGCGACUUGGUCGGGAGAUCCAGCCUCUCGGCGACCGCAUCAUGAACCUCCUCCUCCAACUCAUUGCGACGGCCAGCAACCAGUCACCCGUUGUCGAAGACGCCUUCUUGGCGAUCGGCGCAAUGACUACCGCCCUCGAGUCCGACUUCAGCAAGUACAUCCAGGCAUUCACGCCCUUCCUCUUCGAGGCGCUCUCGUCGUAUGAGGCCUAUCAGCUGUGCUCGAUCGCCGUCGGUUCGAUCGGAGAUCUCUGCCGUGCCCUCGGGGACGCCAGCCUUCCCUACUGCCAGCAAUUCAUGCAGGGCCUCCUCAACGCGUUGCAGAGUCCGGUCCUGCAUCGCAGCGUCAAGCCGCCCAUCCUUAGCUGCUUCGGCGAUGUCGCUCUUGCAGUCGGACCCGCCUUCGAGCCAUUCCUUGAGACGACGAUGAAGGUUCUGCAGCAAGCAGGCCAAAUGCGGGCGGAUCCGAACAACUACGACCUGGUCGACUACGUCAACACGCUGCGCGAAGGCAUUCUCGAGGCGUACACCGGCAUCAUCGGCGGUCUCAAGACUGGCGGCAAGGUCGACAUCCUGCUACCCUACAUCAGCGACAUCUUCGCCUUCCUGCACCUCGUGUUGACCGACCAGGACCGGACCGAGGCCAUUCUUCGAUCCGCGAUUGGGCUCUUGGGCGACCUCGCAGAGGCGUUCCCGAAUGGUCAGCUGAAGGAACCUCUCAGCUCGUCGUGGGUCGCAGAUCUGCUCAAGGCGGGAAGAACCAAGAUGGGCGGCUCGGAAACGAAGAAGGUUGCCAAGUGGGCGCGCGAGAUGGUGCGACGCGCGACUCAGUAG